AUGGAGUUGCAUGCAGAAGUGAUGGAGAAUGAAAAUAACAAUAAGAAUAAUAAUGUUGUUAUUAGGAGGGAAGUGUGUUUGGUUUGGGAAGAAUUGACAGUGGUUAUUAACAGCGGCAAGAGCAGUAAUAAUAAUAGUGAAAGAAGGAAGAAAGUGUUGAACGGAAUAAGUGGAUAUGCUGAACCAAACAGAAUCAUGGCUCUAAUUGGUCCUUCUGGUGCUGGCAAAUCCACCUUCCUUGAUGCUCUUGCUGGAAGACUUGCAACCAAUGUCAGCAUUACUGGAAAUGUGCUAUUGAAUGGCACUAAGAGAACCACAUCCUCCAGAGAUCUUUCUUAUGUAACACAAGAAGACCAUUUCUUAGGAACACUAACUGUGAGGGAAACACUCACAUAUGCUGCUUAUCUGAGACUUGCUGCAAACAUGGCCAAUGAUGAGAUUGACAGGGUUGUAGCCAAGACGCUCGACGAAAUGGGUCUUCAAGAAUGUGCAGAGAGCAGGCUUGGGAAUUGGCAUUCAAGAGGAAUAAGUAAAGGAGAGAAGAGAAGACUCAGCAUUGGCAUUGAGAUCUUAACUCAGCCUCAUAUACUUUUGCUUGAUGAACCUACUAGUGGAUUGGAUAGUGCUGCUGCUUUCUUUGUCAUUUCAUCUCUCAGAAGCAUUGCACAUGAUGGCAGAAUUGUUAUCUGCUCCAUUCACCAACUUAGCAGUGAAGUUUUCAAUCUCUUUGAUGACAUGGUGAUCCUCGCAGGAGGUGAAACUGUGUAUUUUGGAGAAAGGACUAAAGCUGUUAAGUUCUUUGAAGAUGCAGGGUUUCCUUGUCCAACAAGAAAGAACCCUCCUGAGCACUUCCUUCGUUGCGUCAGCCCCGAAUUCGAUAGUGUUCUGACUUUGAUACAGUCCAAGAAUGCCAAUAAUGAAGCACCAUCAUCAUGGAAUUCUCUAAUAAAUAUGACAACAGAGGAGAUUAAAUGGAAACUUAUAAACUGUUUCAAGAAUUCUAGGCAGUUAGCAAAUGCAAGGGAAAAGAUCAGAGAAAUCAAAUUAAGAAAAGAACCUUCAAUAGAGAGGGCAUAUGAUACUAGAACACUGAAGCAGCUAUGCACAUUGACUCAUAGAUCAUUCCUUAACAUGACCAGAGACAUUGGUUACUAUUGGUUAAGGAUUCUGUUCUACAUGUUAGUAUCAGUGUGUGCUGGUUUUCUUUAUCUAAAUGUAGGAACUAGUAAUAGUGCAAUCUUAUCAAGAAGCAAGAUUGAUGGAUUCAUCUAUGGCUUCAUGAUCUUUCUGUGCAUUGGUGGCUUACCCUUCUUCCUUGAGGAGUUAAAGGUCUUCGAGCGCGAAAGAUUCGGAAGGCAUUAUGGAGAGGCAGUUUAUGUUCUUUCGAGUUUCAUCUCGUCACUUCCUUUUGUUGUUUUCAUUUCCCUGACUUCAGGAACAACACUUUACCACAUGGUGAAUUUUCACCCUGGUUUCUCUCAUUACUGCUACUUUUGCAUAAACCUCUUCUGCAGCAUUUCUGUCACAGAAGGGUGCAUGCUUUUAGUUGCUGCUCUUGUUUCCAACCAGCUCCUAGCUAUUGGAACAUCAGCUGCUAUAACUAUACUGAUGAUGAUGCCAUCAAAUGCAUUUCGAAGAAUGAUUGACAUUCCGAAAUUCUUCUGGCGCUAUCCCAUGUCCUACAUCAGUUAUAUCGCGUGGUCAAUACAGGGGCAAUACAAGAAUGACCUGAUUGGACUUGAAUUUGAAGGAAUGAUGCCAGGAGACAGAAAGAUAAAGGGUGAAGUGAUACUUGAAGAAAUGUUUGGAAUAAGAACAGAUUAUUCAAAAUGGUGGGACAUAGGAGCCUUGGUUUGCUUGUUAAUAUCAUACAGAUUGAUGUUUUUCUUGGUUCUUAAGCAUAGGGAGAGAGCUUCAUCACUAUUUCACACCAUUUUACUCACAAGAUCCUCCCCCAAACUCAAACUCAAUCUCAAUCUCAAUUUCAAUCACAAAUAUAUUUCUACCAAGAGACACCAUUCCCUAUAUCCUUUCUCAUCUCAACAUGGAUUUACCCCUCCAAUAAUAUCCUAG